CCUGGCAUUGAUGGGAAGAGAGGUCUGGCUGGAAAAGAUGGAGAGCAAGGACAAAGAGGAGAUGAUGGCAAAAAGGGUGAUACAGGUGAAACUGGAACUGAUGGUAAAAAAGGGGAAUUGGGUGCUCCGGGCCUGCCUGGUACCCAUGUUCUGGUUACUCAACAGGAGGGUGCCACCCUUGAAGAGAUGCGACAGGCAUUCCCUUUGCCAAUGGGACCUCCUGGGGCUAAAGGUCCACCAGGGAUGAAGGGUGACGCUGGUCUUCCAGGGGAAGCAGCUGACAUGAAGAACAUUGAAGUCAUGUUUGAAGACUAUGGCAUAAGGCUGCCCUUGCUGAAGGCACUGAUUGACAGGCUGCUGCAGGACGGCAUGGUGGAGCUUCUGCAGGACCUAACCACCUCUAGGAGAGUCAAUGAGAAGGAGAAACACGGCUCCAACAUUAUCACUGACUACACAAGAACUGUAAAGUAUGAGAUCUCCAAGGAGCCUCUGACAGAGAUGGACACCAUAGAGGAGGCAGUUGACUCUGACUUAGACAGACAGCUACCAGAACCUAACUCUGAUGCUUUGGAUGAAACGGCGGAGGCCCCCACAUUCUGGAGCCUCACCACUCUUAAUGGUCUUAAAGGGGUCCAAGACGUGGGGAGGAUAGAGAGCACCUCUAAGGGGACAGAGGGGACACUGACAGUGGACGAGGAGUUCAGUGAAGCUCCCUCGCCCAAGUUGACUUUAUCAAACUCAACAUUUAACAACACUACGUCUGAAGAGAGGGUCUCUGAGGUACCAGGGGCAAUAGUAGAAACUGUUCUCCUCAGUGGGGAAGACUCCUUGAAGAAAAAGAAGAGUCGAGAACGGAAGGGCAAGGGACAGAAAGGACGACAUAAGAGGCAAAGAGAACGCCUGGUAAACGCCCAAACUAAAGAUGUAGUCAAAAUAACCAUAUAAACGCCCAAACUAAACAUGUCUAACAGUUACGUUGUUACAGUCUGUUGCUAAGCAUGUCACCCUUAACCUGUUUUAACCUCAACUACAUCAAAUGACAGUGAGAAAAUAAUUACUACCAUUUCUUUCUCAGCAAACAUAACAUUUAUCGAAUUCUAAACCUAAACUAAAAAUAAGCUUAUUAAACUGUACUUGCUGUGCCUAACUUGACCAAUUAAAGCUAUUAAAUCAUCAUAACAGACAUUUUAAAAUGACUAAAA